AUGGCUGGUUUCCAAUGGCUGGGAGACAGGCUCCGAGAGCUGUCGCAGCUGAACAAUGACAGUGAAUCCGCUGACCGGGGCCACUUCAUCGAGAAGCUUGGGAAAAAAAUUAAUUUUAUUGACUGCUCCUUCCUCGAGAACAAGAAGCUGGGAGAUCUCGACCUCACCCCGGAGACCUGGGAGGAGGCACUGGACAUGCAUCGUGCCGCCUUCGCCAAGCAGAAGAUUUAUCUCAGACCGAGGAUCUUUCAGAAGAAUGCUUUGGCCCAGGCACCGCAGCAGCAGCAGAUGGAAAUUGAGCGGGACGGCGAGUCCCAGCACAGCAGCCCGCCCAGCUCCUCCCAGAGAUUCACGGAGACCCAGAUCUUGUACCUGAGAUCGCAGAGUGCUGUACGUGGUGUGCUGCAGCUGCACAAGUUGGUUACUGAGAAGCUGGAGGGCUACAGAAUCCUUCUACGUGCAGAGGAGGUGUGGGCUAUCACGAAGCGAAGCCAGCUCUACUCGAACUUCUUCACCAAACUACAAGACGGACUGGCAUUAGAUAUCGCCGAGAGCUGGCGGCUCCAUGUGGACACCCACAUGAUCCGAAAGUCGUCUUACAAGGGGCACGGCAGCAAAGUUGCGCCGAACAGGAUCAAGAUACCCUUUGAGGGGUUAACAUUGCCGGGUGCGAUUUUCACGGCAUCCUACGUGCUGCAGACGAGGGGCUGCCGCCCCGAUGUGCAGAAGGGUGCAUUUGAUUGCCUGGGUGUGAUUCUUGGGACGUGCUUAUGCGGGAGCCUCAAGAUUCCUCUGCUCCCAGGCAAGGAGCAGUGUCUCUUGCAUAUUGCGAAUGGUCACGUCACUCUGCAAAGCUGGAAGCGAUUCCUGGAUUAUGCUGCUGCCACUGAGAGGUGGCACCACUGCAAGCUGCUCAGCAAGGCAGAGCAGAACAUCGACACAGGCAUUAGAUUGCACGUGGCUACGUGGUUCAUUUUGCGACAGCCCCAUCAGGACAAGUUCCAGGACCAAGUGACCUGGGGCAGGCUUCAAAGACGCCUGCUUCAUGCACUCAGCCAGGAGGCAGAGAAGGAGAUCAUAAACAUCGCCGAGCCGGAGAUGCCUGCAUUGCAGCCCGACCACGAAUUCCACCCCAUGACCAAGGACGGCAGAGCUCUUCGCGAAGAUUGCAAGCCUCGGGCACAAAUGGCCAUCGACAGAUUUAUUUCCCGAGGAGGGGGCUUUUGCUCCAAGGGCAUGGAUGCUUCGCUGAAAGAUGUUGGUCUCGAGGCUAUGUGCCCGAGUCAUUAUCAGAGGACCACCUCGGAUUUUAUGUGUCGAUAUCUUCGGCGAACUCAAGAUGAUCUGAAGGAGGAAUUGAGUCAGAUGACAUUCAAGAGUGUGGGGGUGCUCUGCGAUGCAUCUCCGAAGGCGAAGAUGGAUAUUUGGCUUCCCAUCAUCGUGAUGCCGAACAAGAUCGGGCUUGCUACGCUGCAAAGGCUGAGCGGUUUGCUCCCCUCAAACGCGAGCCCUGAAGAUAAGAUUCAAGUCGCCGAAAUGGUCGCCGACUCCCGGACUGUCAAUGUGGCGGUGGCCUGCACAAAGCAAAAGGAACUGAAAAAGAAGCUGCCCAAAGCCCUCAACGCGAUAAAAGAAGAGAAACUUUCGGCCCGCCAAGAGAUGAAGGCUGUGAUGAAUAUCCUGAGCCAUGUUGGCAUGUCUAUGGAUUCUUUCUUUCCAACAAAUCCAUUGACUGCAAAAGUCUGUGGCAUGGAAGAGAGGCAGGUCCUUAAGCUCAACUCCGAGAACUUUGCAUUCAUCUACAACACGAGAACGGGGCAGAGCCGCUGGGAUGUUCCAAUGCACUCCGCCACGCAGGACAUCCGCCUUGUGCUUUGUGCUGACCAAGGGUCGCCCCUGUACACCUGUUAUCAGUUCUUAGCUUUUUCGGGGGCCAGCAUCGGUCUGAUUCGCGACGAGCUGCACAAAUUGCAUGCACAUCAAGGAAGGGUGACCUCCUGCACUCCUGUCGUGAAACGAAUGACGAUGCUAUGUGGAUGGCUCUUUCGGGCCAGGAAAACCCCGUGGCACACGCAGGGAUUCGGGAAUCAGCUCUCUGAAGCCGGUGAGCGGUACAUGCAAACAGCGAAGCCCGGGGACGUGUUGAUGCAAAUGUUCCAGCGAGACAUCCUCAAGGAGAACGAUUUCGAGGAGACCAGCGACGAGCAGCUGAACUUUCGCAGGGUGAUGGACAUCCUCGGCAAAGUGUGCAAGUUCAACUCCGAGACCUUUUCAUGGUCUCGCUGGUGCAGUUUCGCACACACGGCGAAGCGAUUUCAGAUGAGUGCCUCCCUGCUCUUGAUUUUCUGGAGUGCAAUGGAGGUGGGCAAGAAUCCCUUCAAGUGCGAGAACGAUGGCGGGCAGCAGGUCAAAAACUACGACAAGACCGUGGACACAUGUGUGAAGGUGCUGACCAGCGAGGAGUACUUCGCCCUCUUCCAGAUUGCCCGCAACAUCCUCGAGCCCUACAGGGAGCUUUGUCUUGAACUUCAAAAGACGACCAACAAAAAGAAUGCCCUGCACGACCACACGCUGAAGAUGAACGGUGGAGCCCUGGAAGAAACCCUCGUCAAUCUGGCCACGACGGCCUGCACCGCCCGCCGUCUGGGCAUGCUUCCAGACAUCGCGGUCUCUGGACAGGUGCUGACGGUUAAGUUUCGCAGAGCCGACUCGCUCUCCAGUGCACUGAACGAGGGCCACAAGAUGCUUUUGGCGAGCAUCCACGAGAUGAUGCAGUAUGUACUGUAUCUUCGCAGUGCACCUGCGAAAGCAGCAGCUUUGUUGUCGACGGUUGAGGACGACCCCACCAAGGGCGCCGUUCUGAAGGCGAUGGAGCAGGAGUGGCGGCUGGUACUCGCCCUGGAAGAGACCCCUGCCGGAGCAAACCUCCUUCGGCAGAACUGCAGCUUUUGCUCCUUCCAGCAGUACCGAGAGCUCAUGACAGUGCACGAAAAGAGUGGCUGGAAGAUGACCCGCGAGACCGCGGCCCUCACCGCGGCUUGGUUCCCGCCGACGGCUUGGUCGGCAUCCUUGGAAUCCGUUUUCGGAGACCUGCAGGAUGCGACGAAACGCUCCGGUCGCAGUGACUGCGGCUCACUCCCCAACCUUUUCGCGGUUGGGGUACGGUCGCUGCAGAACAGGCUUUGUGUGCAGGAUGGAUCCACCGGUCAGGUGAAGUUGCGGGCUGAUGAUUGGACAGGAACACAAGCCCUCGGAGUGAAACCGAAAGCUUUCAACCCUGCCUCUGCUCCAGCUUGCCAGCAUGUUGCCGUGGACAAUAUCCUGAAGCCGUUUCCGAGCACGACCGCCUUCUUCCACAACCACCACUGCCUCAACUUCAUGUUGGGGCUCCGCAAGGCUCAGCAGCAGGGCAAGAACCCCGCCGAGGAAGCAGCGAACUUCUGGGUCCAGGGCUGCUUCUCGUCUGGCAUGCUCUUGAAGUACUCCGGCAAGUUCUACUUGGCCACGGGCUGCACGCCAGCCGUUCUCACCGCUGUUUGCUUGAAAGAGCUUCCCUACCUCUUCAAGGGACCCCUCCCGACGGCGACGACCGACGAGACGCGAGUGCCUUGCCAUCCGGCCGACGACGUGGAUCUGCUGAGCCGGGAUUCAAGCACACCUGCUUUGGUGCUGGACAUUGGAAGGAACAUGAUUCAGCAGCUCCGCUUCGACUACGAGGAGGUGAAGCUCUUCGACUACACCUUGCAUGUCUGCGAGGGAAGCCUCGCAGACAAGUGUGGCUCGGCCGUUGUGCUGAGACGGGGCAGUCAAGAGUUUUGCUUGCUUUGCUUCUUAGUGCACUCAGAGCUCAUCCUCUCGAGCUCCAGCGCCUCUUUGACGGAGUUGUUGCAGAAACACGACAUCCAGAUGCCUAAGAACUCCACGAAGCCUCACAAGGUGAGGCGAAUCUUGGCUAUGGAGAAGGUGCAAGAGGUAUGUUCUGCAAGGACCAUCGCGAAGCUGCUGGCUCGAUUGGAUGAAGCAGAUGCAAAGAAGAAGAGCAAAGAGAGAGAGAAGAACGAGGAUGAUGUUGUGGCCGAGGCAGAAGUCCAAUGGGAGGAGCUGCAGGAAGAUCCUGCAGCACAGGCCUGCCAGGAGCUGCUGGCAAGGCUCGACGAGGAAGAAGAGAAAGAAAUGGAAGAGAAAGAGAAGGAGGAGGGCGAAGCGGCAGCACCCAAGCCGUCGACGGAGCAGCAGAAUCGAGCUUCCCGGGCAUUGCUUUCCUCGACCACCUCCUUGCCUGAUGAUCUUGUGAGGAUGAUGCCCAUUCCAGAGGGGGCGGCAAUGCACCAGACGGUUCAUUGUGAUGCUACAUUGCCCCACUUCCAGGGCAAGCUUCUCGGCAACUGCUUCUACGAGGGGAAGUCGACUUGUGCUGCUAGCUUCAACCCGGCACUUCCGGAAAGCGAGCUGGACAAGAGGCGAACCAGCCUCAGGAGUAUUGCGGCCUCGAAGAGAUCGAGGGCACAGGCAUAUUUUAUAGUCUGGACACGGCUGUGCAAAGCAACCGGAAGUGCACCGCCUGCUGCGAAGCGCCAGAGGUGCCAGUAG